AUGGCAAAGUUGAAGGUGGCGAUUGAGGGAUGCUGUCAUGGCGAAUUGAAUAAAAUAUACUCUCUGCUCCCCGCAAACACCGAUCUUUUAUUAAUCUGUGGUGAUUUCCAGGCUUUGCGAUGUCCUGCCGAUUUUCAAGCAUUGAAUGUUCCGGUAAAAUAUCAACGGUUAGGUGACUUCCAUCAAUAUUAUACGGGUCAACGUGUAGCACCAGUUUUGACAAUAUUCAUUGGGGGUAAUCAUGAAGCCUCGUCGUAUUUGCAAGAAUUGAAAUAUGGUGGCUGGGUUGCUCCUAAUAUAUAUUAUCUUGGUGAGUUUGGAUGUGUGAAAUACGCUGGAUUACGAAUAUGUGGGUGGAGUGGAAUAUGGAAUCAUGGAUCGUAUACCAGAAGUAGUUGGAAAAAUACUAUUGAAGAGCUCAUUCAAAUUGAAGAUGAGGAGAGAUUGCCAUUUGAUGGCAGGCUGGUUAGAAGCGUUUACCACCAAAAAUUAAAAGCAUUCAUCAAAAUGUAUCUAAUGAGAAACGAAAAGAAUAGUGAUAACUGCAUAGAUGUGGUAUUAAGUCAUGAUUGGCCACUGGGGAUUGUUAAAUAUGGCAACAAACAUGAAUUAUUGAGGAAAAAGCCAUUCUUUAAAAAUGAUUUGGAGAAAGGAUGGUUGGGCAGUCCGUUAAAUAAUGUACUUAUACAUCAUCUAAGACCUAGGUACUGGUUUAGUGCACACUUGCAUGUUAAAUUUGAAGCAGUGAUUAAAAGAGGUUUAGAAGAGAGUGGAGGGAUUGUUAAAAAGAACAAUAAAUUGCAAGAUAAAGAGCAGACAAAGACAGUAAAAAAUGUGAAUGAGAUUGAGAUUGAUAUGGACUCGAGUGAUGAAGAAGAUGCGAAAGAUACAAAGUCAGAGGAGGUCACAGGAUAUGUCAACAAUAGUGAAAGAUUAAAGCGACAAGUUGAACUUGUUGCUGCUCAAGAAUUUACCAAUGAGCAAUCCAAAAAGCCGAAAUUGGAUAAUAAUAGUUAUAAUAAUGAUAACAAUAACUAUAACAAUAACUAUAACAAUAACUAUAACAAUAAUUAUAACAAUAAUUAUAACAAUCAUAAUAAUGGCGAUAGCUUUAAGGAGUCGCAUGAGCAUUGCGAGACAAACUUUACAGCGUUGGACAAGUGCGGUCCACGAAGACAAUUCCUCGCUGUUAAGGAGAUUGAGACAUCAUUUGAUGGAGCUGGUUCUGAUGGCAAAGAUGGUAUAGCCACCUUCCAACUACAGUACGAUCAAAGAGCAAUUGCAGUGAAUAGGGUUAUAGAAAACAUACUCAUUAGCAGGGAUGAGAUAGAAGAUGAAGAUGAAAAAGAAGAAACACUAAAUCUUUCAAGGUUAAACCCGAUGGAUGUGUUACGCAAUCCAAAAGAAUUGUUGAGCAAAUUCUUACCACUUGUUGAAAAAGAAAUUGUGGCUUUGAGCAAGAUGGAUGCAGAUAAUUUUUUCGUUAUUCCUGCAAAAUUUGAAACCACCGUAUCAAGUGAUUAUGAUGGUGUGUUGACUUAUUAUCCAAAUAAUCAAACCAAAGAGUACUGUGCCAAAUUCGGACUUCCUCAACUUCAAUUUUAA